AUGUACAAUAAUAUCACCUUAACAAUAAUUUAAGUUAAUAUUGACAAAAACUUAAAAGUGCUACUCUUAAGUUACACUUCUACGAAGCUAUUUCAAAGUAAGCGUAAUCUUCUCAUUAAAUGCAACUAUUCCCAAUUUAUUCACGACAGUUUCCUAUUAUCAUCAAAUUAUAUGAUAGAGAUUUAACAAAAUACUAUUAGUUUGAGGAUAAUUCAUAUCUAUCAUUGCAUAGUUAACAUAUACCAAAUUAACAUAACAAGCAAUUCAAAUCACAAGUAAAUUUACAAAGUUAAAUUCACAUUAUUCAUUACAUUUCUAAAAACCAUCUCCAAAUGUAGGAUAACAUUUAGAUUAUAAUUUUAAUAUCCUUCUUAGCAAUCAUAACAGAUUCCUUAAAGACAAUUAAGACAUGAGUCCUAACAACUAAAUAGACAAAAAUGGCAUCCGUCUCCAACAAUCAAAUUGUCAUCAUCACAUUAUUAAUCUUCAGCCACGAUUUUAUCACCACAGAUUGAAUAGCAUAAAUAAUCUAUUUUUUUUUGUAACCAGUUUUACAUGAUAGACAACCGCGUCCAGUAGUAUCACAAUUUAAGCAAGAUGUUUAACAUUUUGCUAAGCAAUUUUAACAAUCUUUAUAGUGCAAUAUAAGCGAUUUCUCACAUUAUUCGCCAACUACAUAAAUAGAAUCUCCACAAAUUGGUGUACAUAUUUUUUUACCUGAAAGGUAAUACCCAGAAGCGCAUACUGAACAUCUAUUACUUUGACAACUUGUGCAAAUACUUGCUGGUUAACACUAAUAUUAACAAGUGCUACUGCAACCAUCAUUAUCAUUUGUAUUACCAUCACAUUCCUCCGAGAAGAAUCCAUAAGGAUCUAUAACGACUAAUCCAUCUCCACAUAUAUUUUGACAAUAGUAAUAGUUAGGAACAAAUCCAGGGAAUUAACAGCUUAAGCAGUUGUUGGUUGUAUAAUUACAAGAGGAACAACCAAUUCUACAGAAAUACUUACAAUUUUUGCACCCAUCCGUAUCCUUGGGUUAUACACUCAAAACAUUGUCCUUUUAUACACUUUGUACAUGGAGGGUAACAUUAAUAUUUAAGAUUAAAACAUCCAUCAUAAUAAAUAUUGUUUUCAUCUUUGCAUUCCUCUAGUCCUGUAAUCAUUCCAUCCCCGCAAAUAUCAGGACAAGGUAUAUUAGGAUUGAUUACAACUUAAACAAUUAACAGGACAUUGAAAUUAACAAUUAUAGCAUAAGUCAUGAAGGAGUGUAUUAUUAUCUUCACAUUAUUCAUAUUCUUUGAUUAAGAAAUCUCCACAAAUUGGUUGACAUCCUCCAGGCACUAAUUCUAAUCCAGCAUCACAAUAACUGCAUGUAAUAGUAUGCCAAAUAAAUUAAUUAUUAUGACACAACUUAUAACAUUGGGUGAGAGCGGAAUCUUCUGUAAUUGGACAAUCUAUAAUAUGAUUAUCAAAUAUACUUGUACAAACAUUACUUAAUUCAUACUAACCAGGUGCACAAACACAUUCUAACCCUUUUAAUAUUCGAUUUAAAGUAAUAUCACAUGUUAAACAGCCAUCAAUUGUGGUUCUAAAGCAUAAGAACAGCCCGAAUACAAGAGCUGCAUUCUGCAAUCCCCGAGUAUUUCAAUUAAGAACAAAAGCAGAACUGUUGUUCAGGUAGUACAAAAAGUUCGUAUAUUAAACCUCCAAUUUUAAAUACAAGUUUAACAUUAUAUUUAAAAUAAAAAUGCCAAUUUGAAAUGCAAUAGUGCUUCUUUUUAUAUUGAUUCAGUUAAUAGUUCACUUGCCGUUCUAGUGAUGGUGCCUGAACUACAUAUUCACAACGACAAUCCUUACAUCAAGUAACUAUAAGCAACUCAUGUGCCUAGAAUGUUUUAUUUUAUGAAUUCUAAAAUAAUUAAUAAUGUCAGAGCAUUGUCCAAAAGCAAAAGAUAUAUACUAAAAAGUUUAAAUAGCCUUAAAAAAUUUUCAGACUUAAAUAGGAGAUUAUGCUUAUGUACUAUUUAGCAUCAGUCUCAUUUGUAGAAACUCAUCAACUUAAUUCUAAUAGCCAUCAUAAUUUGUAUCACAUUCAUAGUAGUUCCAAUGGAUAACUAUCAGAUGAAUCAAGUUGAGAAAAGUAACUAAAAUCUUUAUACUUUAAAAAUGCAAUAUGCAUUUAAUUAAGCAGUUACCAUCAUAUUAAGAUCUUCAUAUUAAUAUGUAUUUGGACAACUUGUCCAAACUAGACCAAAAUUGGACUGUUACACAUAAAUAGAACAUUUGUUAGAAGCAGCUAAAUAGUAUUUCCAGAACAAUUUUGAAGGUAACAGGAUGCGAACAUUAUAAAACUUCAGGUGUUUUUACACACAAUACUAAUCUCUAGUUAAUCGAAAAAAAGAGAUUACAUUAUGA